AUGAAAUUGAAUGGAUAUUUUACGAUCGUAAGCUACAAUUCUCUGUUAAGUACAAUCGAAAUUGAUAAAUUUUUGGGAAUGAAAAAAACUGUUCCGGAAUGGAGCUACGAAUCUGUCUAUCGAUCAUCAACUUACCGUUCAAAGAAAGACAGAUAUGGGAAUGUCAUCGAAGGAUCGUUCUUUCUAGCCGCUUUGCCAGACAACGAGGGAGUCCUCUUACUCACGUCAAACUUUGAUAUUCUUUCAUCGGUGGAUAGAAUAACCAUAAAUCGUAUUUAUAAGAACAACUGGUUUUACGUCGUUGUUUUUAAAAUUCCGAAGAUAAGAAAUCGACUUGUCGAUAUAAGCUUUCUUGAUACGGCUUUCAUCCUUCAGGGAAAAAUCUUCGUCGAUCGAAAAAUCGAGACUUGCUUUGGAAAAUUUUAUGGACAAAGAUGCGAAAGAGUCUUGGUGACUGGGUCAGAAAUAUUUCUUCUUGAUUACGAAAGAAAAACUCAUAUGAAGCAAGAAUUCCAGAUCGAUCUCCCUGAAAACUACGCCUAUGAGAUGACCGUGUGA